ACGUUCAGACUGAGGGUCAGAGGUUGGAGGUUGAGCAUGCUGUGAAUCCGCGCGUUGCGAUUCUGUACUGAUGAAUUAGAAGUUUUCGCAGACAAAAAAAAAACUUGGAUUGAUUUAUUUGUUAGACUGCCAACUGGUGUGAAUUAAAUAGCUUAUUGUGGCUCGUAGCAUCGAGGGAGACAGAGUGGGACAUGUCGGGAAUCCUGUUUGAGGACAUAUUCGAUGUGAAGGACAUUGACCCAGAUGGGAAGAAAUUUGACAGAGUGUCUCGACUGCACUGUGAGAGCGAGUCCUUCAAGAUGGACCUCAUCCUGGACGUCAACAUCCAGAUCUACCCCGUGGACCUCGGCGAUAAGUUCAGGCUGGUGAUUGCUAGUACUCUCUAUGAGGAUGGGACACCGGAUGAUGGCGAGUACAACCCCACAGAUGAUCGGCCUUCCAGGGCGGACCAGUUUGACUACGUGAUGUACGGGAAGGUGUACAAGAUCGAGGGCGAUGAGACUUCCACUGAGGCUGCCACACGCCUGUGAGUGUCCCAGAUCUGC